AUGGCGAAGGUGGAAGCCAUGAAAGUGAAGAGAAACGAAGGCCAAAGGCGACCCAUUCCUCCAUGUGAAGAUUUCAAAGCCCUUAACAUUGUUGAAAAACCAGUACCUGCUGUGAAGAAAAAGCCUAAGGAUAGAGAGGCUGUGGCGAAAAAGAAAACGUUGGCAUUAAUCAAAGCAUGGGAAGGAAAUGAGAAAUCAAAAGCUGAAAACAAAGCUCGGAAAAAGAUAUGUGCCAUUGAGGCUUGGGAGAACACCAACAAAGCAACUCUAGAGGCUGGCCUUAAAAAGUUCAAGGAGGAGCAAAAGAAAAAGGAAGCAGAAUACGUGGAGAAAAUGAAAAACGAAGCUGCUCAGGUUCACAAAGAGGCCAAAGAAAAGAAAGCGAUUAUUGAAGCCAAACGCGAGGAAGAUCUUCUCAAGGCAGAAGAUAUGGCAGCAAAAUAUCGUGCCAAUGGAACUGUUCCGUAA